AUGUCGAAAAAAACGAAACCAAUCAAGCGAGGUGGGAGUGCCGAAGAGCUUCUUGGCGACAGCUUCUGCCCUCAACCUCAAUACCUGACAAGCAAGUCCCCUGAUAGCGAGGGCGAGGACGAGGGCGAGAGAGGGGACGAGAGCAACGACGGCAGAAAUGUCCAACUGGUCGAGCUGUGCUUCCACGAUUUGUGGCGCCUGAUGGGCUGUGAUGGGACUCUAGCGUCUCUCCAUUUCUACGGCCGCGAACGCAAGGUCGUUUGCUUCGAAGAACCUCCUCCAAUGCCUGACCACCUCCUCCGUCCGAACCGCAUCGUCACUCACGACACGAUUAUGCUCUAUGACCCAGACACAGUCCCUGACGAGGACAGUGCCGACACGCUGGUCCCGAUGGGCCCCUAUGCGGAAGACGACGCUCACGAAUUGACCGGGGGAAUCAUCGGACGAAGACGGCGGUUGGGACAACAGCUGGGCGGCUCAGGCGGCAUCUACAAGACCCCCGACUCAUUCCCUCCGCACAACGACCUAGUCUACAGCCCAUUGACGGUACAUACUCAGCUGUUGUCCAUCCUCGGCGACUACCAGCAGCCAGCCGGGGUGGUAUGGGCCAUCAACGACACCCACCCCUACGACAGACACACGCCCCUCUUCAAGGCGUCCCCCAACCCCCUCACCCCAUACCCACAACACCACCUCCACAACCCUCCUCCACCUCCUCAAAUCAACCCUCAUCAGCCCCCAAGCAGCAUACACCCAACCCCUCCCCCGCCACAACACCCCAAUCCAUGGCCGACCUCGCCGCCAACAACGCCGGCUACGACGCGUCCCGCCUGCACCCCCCGCGUCGCCAUCACGCUGUCCACGCUCCGCCGCCUGCGCGCUGGCAUGCGCCACGUCGACACCCUACUGGGCGAGAUGGCGCAGCAGGGCCUGGGUUUCGGGCGCGCGGCGGAGUGUGUGGAGCGGCUGGUGCGGGAGGGGGCGGGGGGCGUGGACGGAGCAGAGAUGUGA